AUGAUGCUCAAUUCCUUAUCCAAACACCAUACGGACACCAUGAGGCUCCUGUUGAUCGUUCUGACCUGCCUGGCGGUUGCUUCGGCCAAACCCACGGAAAAGCAAAAGAGAGACAUCCUACCAGGAGAUCCUCGCUAUGGAACCGAGCACGAUCACCUCCACGGCCAUGACAGCGUGGUAGAAACUACAAAAUCUAUCGGUGGGUAUGCUUAUAGUAUUCCAGGCACCUCGUUUCAGUUACUUCAAGAUAAUUAUGGACUCCUCGGCUAUGAACCAGGUACUCCUUACAACAACGUGUACUUGUCGACGGUUCUCGAUGCCAAUCGAUACUCCACGCCAUUGUCAACUUACGGAAUAUCCGGCACUGUACAGAUCCCUCAACUAUCCAAAACCGUUGUGAGACCAACCUUCUUGGAGACUAGGAAAACAUUCUCGGGCGCGGCUAUUCCAAUUACAUCCAUAAAGACGGUGAAUGAAUCGCCGCUAACAACCUCCUACGGAACUCCUGUGUUCGACCAGUCUAGAGCCUCCUUCGGAACCGUCUCCGAUCCUACGAUCAAGACGAUCAACGCCGAAAUUCAAGGCCAGACGGUGCUGAACGAACAACCAUCGCUCGUUCAAGGAUAUACUGGCUUCGCAAGUGGAGUGAAUGUCCCUUCGGUUACCACCAGCGUAACGAAAAAUCUCGUCGGCGGGACUGUGGUCGGCGAAAGGUUGCCUACCGUGUACAAUACCGAAGGGCUCGUCAAUGUGCCUGGUUAUGAAAUCCAAUCGCAAAGGCCCUCCAUCUACACCAACUAUCAACCCGCCUACAACGCAGCUUUCCAAACCGGAGGAAUUGGGUUGAAAACCGUGCAAGUUAACGUUCCAGCGCCGCUUCCUCUGACUUCCGUACAGGUCACGAAGAGCGUCCCGACUACCUAUGCAAUUCCAGUUGCCGUCGAUCUCCAGAGAACGUACGUCCAGGUUCCGCAAACACUCACACAGAUAGCCCAACGCGUGCAACCCGUGCAACCCCUGCAACCCGUGCAACCUCUGCAAUCCGUGCAACCUGUGCAACCCGUACAAAACGUACAAAACGUACAAACCGUAAAAACCACGGCGUCCGAGCAGCCUAUACGCACCAUCCAGACCGUAAAAACGGUGAACGAGGUUCGUUAUCCGUCCGUGAAACCCCAGCAGGUUCCUCAACAUCCUGUCCAGACCGUGUCAUCCGUCACCUCGGUGCCUCCGGUUACCACAGUACGCUCUGCGGAAUUGCCACAGGUGAAAACAUUGGAAUCGGUGGCAUCGCUUCCUGCCGUAGAAUCAGUGCAUAGCUAUCCGUCUGUACAAACCUUGGAAUCUGUAACACCAGCUGUCCAAUCCGUGCAGAACUAUCCGUUCGUGCAAACCUUGGAAUCUGUAACGCCAUUGCCUGCUGUCCAAUCCGUGCACAGCUAUCCGUCCGUACAAACCUUGGAGUCUGUGACGCCAUUGCCUGCUGUCCAAUCCGUGCACAGCUAUCCGUCCGUACAGACACUGGAAUCUGUAACGCCAUUGCCUGCUGUCCACUCUGUGCAGACGUUACCUUCCCUGAAAUCCGUGGGAACGAUAACGUCCGUGCAACACCGUCAGCCUGUAGUCGACUUCGUAUCGACGGCACAACCCGUUCAUCCUGUGCAGUCCGUGGACGUCCUGACGCCUGUCCGUCAUCCUGUGCAAUCCGUGAACGUCCUGACGCAUCCUGUGCAGUCUGUGCAGACUGUGACCAAAACUGUCCCGACGAUUCAGAAGAACGUGAACGUUCAAGUGGAGAGAGGCCCGAUAACCGAUUUCUUCGAGAACUUCUCAGCUAACUUGCCCUCCUUGCCCUCCUUGCCUUCGUUACCUCAGUUACCCCAGUUACCCCAGUUACCUUCGUUGCCCCAAUUUCCUUCGUCGACCGUUGCCCCGGUCGAAUCGUCCACCCUACAGGCCGUCCAUGUAUCCAACGGCGUCGAAAAGGACUCCAUCACGGUCGAUAACCCAUUUUUGCGCGGCGAGGUGUCUACUCAUGAGUAUGUCCAACCGACGGACGUCAACGGCGGAUAUAUUUAUUGA